GAAUAUUAUUGGUCGUGCGACAGAAAUCAUUUACCUGCGGAGGGCUUGAUGGUCUCUUCGGGUCCAAAGCAGCGUCACACCUCAAUUCGUCACAUGCUAUGUCAACAACUCUCCUGAUAUGUUAGAUCGCCAUUUACAUGUAUCCGGAUACAGUAGAGUACUUGUAAACUGGUCAGUCUACCAGUACAAUCAUAAAUGCACCAGAGCUCUGACGAAGAUGAACUGAGAGUAUCAAAGUCCACAGAAGUAGAUUCCCGUAUCUCUGACGAAACAUACUUCUUGUUAGAGUUAUAUUAAGUGAUGUCUUUUGGCCUUUUACAUUCUAGUCUCUUGGCAUCCUUUUGUAGCCUUUUGGCAUCCUCAUGUAUGUGUAUAUAUGUUGGCAUUGGCCUCCUAAUAACAUAAGUUGCUAUUCCAACAUGGUAUUAGAGCCUAGGUUUUCUCCGGCGCUGCAACUCGCCUGACGAUCGUUUUUUCUUUCCAGUCUUCUUCUCUCGAUCUCUUCUGAAUCGAUCUCUCUGCAGCUAUCGAUGUCAGAUCGAUCGAUGGCAAGCAAAUACACUGCCACUGCUCCCUCUCGUCCGGUGCUUUUCUGAUCCAAGUUGAUCGGGACGCCCGCCCAGGACGCCGGCCCCGCCUCCUCCCGGCCAGGCCGCCGCGGCCCUGCCUCCUCCCGGCCAGGCCGCCGCGGCCCUGCCUCCUCCCGGCCAAGCUGCUGCCGCCCUGCCUCAGGCCGUGUGCGUCCACCUCAGGCCGUGUGCGUCCGCCUCAGGCCGUGUACAUCUGCGUCCGCCCUGCUCCGUCUCCUCAGGCCGCUCCGCUGCCGUACGCACCCACGUCCGCCGGUUCCUGUUCCCGCUGUCGUCCACGUCCGCCGGCCGCCGGAUUCCGUCCAAGAUCUGCCGCCGGCCGUUGCCCGUCGGUUCCCGUGCCAGAUCGGCUGUCAGGCAUUGGAUCCAUCUCACGGUAGACGUGUGUUUGACUGGGUGGACUGCAUCGAUUCACCUGCUUCGUGUGUGCGUGCGCGUACUCCCUGUGCCGCGCAUCGCUUUGCUUUGGGCUGCUUGCGGGCAGCCGGGCUUCAGUUGGCCUGCUUCUGCUUCCGGCUGCCUGGCUUGAGCUCUGUGUUUUCUCAAAAAAAAAAAGGAGAAAAAAAAAAGAAAGAAAGAGAAGAGCACCAUGUCUUUGGCGUUAUCUGGCUAUGUUGCCAUCCCGUGCUGCCCGGUGAUAUUUGAUGGGGCUAACUAUGCUGAGUUCGUUGCCUUUAUACGCAUUCACAUGCGUGGCAUUCGUCUCUGGGGUGUUCUUUCCGGUGAGGUCCCUUGUCCUCCGCGCCCAGUGGCUCCUGUGGCUCCUACCCCACCGCCGACGCCACCGGCUCUUGACACAAAUGCUUCUGAUGCUGAUAGGGCUGCAGCCAGGGUUGCUGCUGAUGAUGCAGAUGCCGCUUAUGACCAGGAGGUCUUGGAUUAUUCAAAUGCUCUUUCUGUUUAUCGUGACGAUCUGGCUGCUUACACUCAGUGGUGUGAUGAUGAUGCUCGUGCUGCGACUGUUCUCACUUCCAGUGUUUUGCCUCAGUUUGCUUCUGAGUUUAUAGGCCUCGGUACUGUCUUUGAGAUGUGGACUCAUCUUCGUCAGCGCUAUCAGCCCUCUGGUGAUGCUUUCUACUUGUCUGUGGUCCGUCAGGAGCAUGCUCUUCAGCAGGGAGACUCCACUAUUGAUGAGUUCUACACUCAGAGUUCUGCUAUCCGGCGCCAGCUUGACUCCCUUCGCACUACUGUUUGUGGCACUUGCCCGUGUUGCCAGACUGUGAGGUCAGACUUGGAGUUUCAGCGCGUCUAUGGGUUCUUGUCACGGCUCCGUGGGGAGUUUGAGCCUCGACGUGCUCAGUUGUUUGCUCGUGGCCGUGUUCCUAUUUCUGAGGUGCUUUCUGAGCUUCGUGCUGAGGAGACUCGCCUUCAUGGUGCUGGUUUGCUUCAGGUUCCCUCUGUGCUCGCUGCUCGAGGUGCUACUCCACCAGUGUCUUCUCGCUCCAGUGCUCCGCCGCUUCUGCCCACUCCUCUGGGUAGUGAGGUCCGCUCUCGUGAAGGUCGCUCUCGUCCUCGUACUCAUUGUGACUACUGCAACAGGGAUGGUCACCCCGAGUCUGACUGCUUCAAGAAGAAGUGUGAUAUGCGUAAUAGGGAGCGCAAUUCUUCUUCUGGGACUCGUGCUUCUUCCUCGACGCUGUCUACUGUCUCCUUGACUGAGCAAGAUAUUGUGAAGCUCAAGCGACUACUUGCUGCUUCAGGUUCUUCGACAGGUACUACAGGCUCUGUGACUGGUGCUUCUAGUGUUGAGCGACCAUUGUCUACCCAGUCAGGAUCGUCACACGAAGGCUCAGGUUGGGGCUGACCCGCGCCGCCGUGAUUCUCAGGGGCUUUGGGAGUUGGACUGGCUUAAUGUUCCUUCCGCUACCACCACACUGGCCAGUCCAUCUGCCUUCGCCGCUUCAGCUACCAGCUCCUUCCAGCAAUGGCAUCAUCGACUUGGUCGCCUUUGUGGUUCUCGACUAUCGUCUUUAGUUCGUCGUGGUCUUCUGGGGCCUGUCUCAAGAGAUGUCUCCUUACAAUGCCAGGGUUGUAGGCUUGGUAAACAAGUUCAGUUACCUUAUCCUACUAGCGAGUCAGUGUCGCAGCGCCCUUUUGAUUUAGUACAUUCAGAUGUGUGGGGUCCGGCUCCCUUCUCUUCCAAAGGGGGCCAUCGCUACUAUAUUAUUUUUAUUGAUGAUUUCUCUCGCUACACUUGGCUUUACUUCAUGUCUUCUCGUAGCGAGGUUCUCUCUAUUUAUAAGCGUUUUACCGCCAUGGUCCACACUCAGUUCUCUACACCUAUUCGUGUGUUUCGUGCUGAUUCUGCUGGCGAGUAUAUCUCCAAAAUGUUGCGUGGUUUCCUUGCCGAGCAGGGUACUCUUGCUCAAUUCUCUU